GACUCGAAUGACUCUCUCAAUAUAUUUUUUAAAUUAUAAAAUGUAUAUCUUGACCUUCUCAAAAUGGCGUCAGAACCAUUCCGCUGUGCUCUGCUUUAAUGUCUCCGUGCAGAAACAAAGACACUCUCUCUCAGGUUCCGGGCGAUGACGUGGCAUUCAGCUGGGUGGGCGGAGUCAGCGGCUCGCGCGCCGCUGAUAUCCCUGAGCUACCUGCAGCCUGGUGACAGAUGCUACUUGCAGCUGAUCCAUGAAGCCCUGUGUGCAUGUGGCAGAUGGACUUUGGUACAAUUUGCUCAGAUUCCGGCCUCCUCUGUUAGGACUGACGCAGGACUUACAGGUGACAGCUCUUGAUUAAAAUGGACCAUGGCCCCCCCUAUUGGUUCAAGCAGUCCCACGCCAGACCACCUGCAGAUAUGGGCCACUGGAGAGGAGAAAUGUGUCCGCCCCCACCUCCGUAUCAUCACAAACAUGGUGAUUACGGAUAUUACUCUCCAUAUCUAAUGCAAGGAGGCCAUCAAGCAUGGCCUGGCCAGUGGAUGGACUAUUACUCUCAGCACCCAGCAACCACAUCUAGAUACAUAGAUCACAGGAGGCCUGCAUCCAGAGCGGAAGUAUAUGACAGGAGUGAAGCAUAUCGGCCAUUGUCCAGGCAGGGAUAUGACGAAAGAUAUGGAUUUUACGAGGCCGUACAAAGAGAAAACUAUGGCAACAGAGACUAUAAUUAUGAGCCUCCAGUUGGUGUUUCUGGAGAGAAAGAUGGGAGAAGAGGAAUGUACAACAAUCAGAUCGAGCACUGGGGGCAGAAUUCCGCCAGCACUUCCGCCUUUGAUCAGAACAUGGAGAGGGGUCAUCCACAAAGGGACGCACACAGGUUGCAACGCUAUGAGAAUGAUAGCGCCUGGCACCCAGCAGAGAGGAGAUGUGACUCUGCGGUGGAUAGAUUGGAGUCUUUCAGUUCAACAGAACCCAGUUUGCUGUCCCAGUACCGGGACUCUGGCAUGUCGUCCAGUAGCUAUGAGUUGAGUCAGUACAUGCAGGAUCCAGCAGACUUGAUCGACUCCUGGAAUCCAUUGCAAGAUGACACCUUGGAGCAAACUCCACAACCCACAGCUCCGAUGAAGUUCUCGUUGCCCCAUGUCUCUGUGUGUUUUGGGGCCCAGGGGCAAUUGAUAAGGGUCUGUCCCAACUUCCCAAAUGAAGGUCAACCAGCACUUGUGGAGAUUCACAGCAUGGAGAUUCUGCUUCAUGAUACUUCGGAACAGGAGGAGAUGAGAGGGUUUCCAGGUCCUGUGCAGAGGGAAGAUUUACAUAAAGUAGAUGUAAUGAACUACUGCCAGCAGAACGUCAGCCAGUGCCUGCACUCACAGGGUGCAAGGAGCCGCGACAAUGCUUUGCUAUGGCAGGUGCUGUUGCAGAUGUGUCGGCAGAAUGGGUGUAUAGAUGGGAGUGAUCUGGCAGAUCUAAUACUUCAAGACUGCAAGCGGGAGAGAUAUCGAAAAGAGCAAGAGUACAGUGAGCUCAUCUCUCUGGGUGAUGAACCAUCCCUCAUACCUGAUGGUGCACAAGUGGAUCUUCUAACUGGAGAGAUCCCAUCUACUGUUGAAAUGUCAAAACGGGCUGUGGAAAAAUUCACUAAGUUGCUGUACUUUGGACGAAAAAAAGAGGCCCUUGAUUGGGCGAUGAAAAGUCAGCUUUGGGGACAUGCUUUGUUUCUCUCCAGCAAGAUGGAUUCACGGACCUACAGCUGGGUAAUGGCCAGGUUUACUAGCACUUUGGCUGUCAAUGACCCAUUACAAACCCUGUUUCAGCUAAUGACUGGUCGCAUACCACAAGCUGCAACCUGCAGUGGAGAUAAAAAGUGGGGAGACUGGAGACCUCAUUUGGCUGUAAUGCUGUCCAACCAGAUGUCCGAUCCUGAGGUGAACCAUCGUGCUAUUAUCACCAUGGGGGACAACCUAGUUCUUAAAGGUUUCACAGAAGCGGGACACUGCUGCUAUCUAACAGCUGGCAUCUCACUUGGCAAGAUCUCAGAGAAGUCAGAUCGCCUAGUUUUGCUGGGUAGCAAUCAAAACCAGAAGUUUAGGAAGUUUGCCAGCACGGCGAACAUCCAGCGCACUGAAAUCCUGGAAUAUUGCCAAAGUUUGGGGAAGAUCAGUCAUUUUAUCCCUUCAUUCCAGGUCUACAAGUUUGUGUUUGCCGCUCGGCUAGUGGAUUACGGUUUGACGUCUGUUGCCCUGCAUUAUUGUGAGUGCAUCGCCUCCGCCAUCCUCCUCUCCAACUCUGGAUCAUUGGUGUUGAUAUCAGAGUUAAUCAAGUUGUCAGAACGCUUGAAAUACUCAGAUCCUCAGAUCCUCGAACAGCCUGAACCAGAGCAGAACCAAGAACCAACUUGGCUUGUCCAGCUCCGUUCUCUUUUCUUGCAGCUACAGGUAAAUAGCACAUCUGGUAGAACUACCUUGGAAGCCUCUGAGGACCAAGGAAACAACACCGAGCCUAACAAGACCCCUCCAACCAGCCUGAUCACCAAGUGUGCAAAUCAAUGGGAGUCAUCUGUCAUCCUCGGGAGUGAGAGUUCUGCAAAAAAAGACGUGUCCCCUGUAAAUGAAGUUCAACCAGUAAGUCAAGACCAUGACACAAGAGGUGGUCUACAAAAGAUGGAAGCUGAGCGAGUCUAUGAUACCAGCUGGGUACCUCCGAACAGAGAUCCUCAACCAGUGGAGCCACAGGGUGAAAACUAUUUUGAAUGGGGUAUUCAGCAACCAGUAUCGAUCAUGGAUCCAUACUCUGGCUACAAAACCUAUGAUGAGCCACAGGAAAAAGAAAACUUGGAGGAGAUCUCCGAUUCCCCUUCUCCGAGCAGCAGUUUCAGUAACAAUGCACUAAUGAUGAAGAAUGCACUCAUGUCAAGAAGGGUGAGCACAGUCUCUGAAACCUCUACCAUUUCAGUGGGAGACGAUGAUAAUGAUGAAGACAGAUCUGGUGAUGAAGCCCCAGUGCACAAGACUGAAGAGAAGAAGGGAUCAUCCUCUGGAUGGUUUAGUUGGUUUCGUUCCAAGCCAGCAAAAGAGACUGCAGUCCCACCAAGAGAGGCAAAAGUUCCACCAAAAUCUCAGACUCAUCCUCCAGUAGGCCAUGACCAGUUCCGGCCUCCACCAUCAUCUUACCAGCUACCAGCAUCUACCAGUGAGGCACGUUACGCAGGAAUUAAAGAAACUGAAGAACCGCAGAAGAUCGGUAGCUUCUCAGUGUCGUCAGAGUUCGGGGUUCAGCAGGAGAGCAUGGGCACUUAUCCAAAUGUUCCUGGAGGGCCGAUGAACCAGCCGACUGCAGCAAUUCCCUUUUACAACCCUGCACAGUUCUUCCAAGAAACAGGUCUAGCUGCAAACAAGUCCAGCCGUCCUCCGCGAGGGCGAUAUCCGCUACAGCGCUGAUGACCAAUGACCUCAACAAUUACCACUCAGGGAGAGCCAUAUGGACAGUUAUUAAAUUGCAUUGUGUUUUUUUAAUUUUAUAUCACAGGGCCAAGUGUAAAACGACUUCUUUUUGUUCAUUUAAGAGAUUUUUUUUAGAGAUAAUAAUUCUUUGUAAUUAUCCUGUUUUAACCCUUCAAAAUGAAAAUUAAAAACCAUUUACUGCAC